AUGAGCCUCGAUUCUCGCUUCCCGGCUCAAACCGGCGUCGAACCAUGGGAAGCGCUUUUGGGCGCCGACUUUUCGACUGUGCGCUCACAAGCAGCCUCUCGCAAUAUUUUUGGCACUGCCGGAGCAGGCAGCAACAGUCUCGGGCUUGGUAUCGAUCUGAGUCACUUCCCUGGCUUUGACGCGCCCCUGCCGACAGCUUCCUACACCACAGAGCGAAAAUUGGCCAAGGCAGCCCUGCCCACCGCUUCCUCGUCCCUGACCCUGGCCGCCUCUUCUUCUGUCAGCGCAGGCUCGAUCAACUUGGCUGUGACUUCAGCCUCCUCUUUGGGAUCCCGCACUAGUCCAGUAGCUACUACCUCCCAUGGCGCAACUUCAACAUCGGGCUCCGGCCCGUCGACAGCCCCGGCAGGAAGGACGCCCCCUUCUGAUAAUAAUUACUCGACGGCUGGUCCCCUGCAGUCUCAAUUAUAUCACCCACAGCAACAUUCGCACCAGCAGCCCCACCCGCCGGGGUCAGGCUCGCGCGAGUUUCCAAACCCCACCUCUUCCUCGACCACCCAAGCGUUGCAACAACACCAGCCACAACAACACCAGCCACAACAACAGCAGCAUCAACCUCAAUACCACCACCAACAACAGGCACCCCGCCUCAGCCUCAGCAGCAUCGACUGGAGCCUUGACACAACGGCCUCGGGACCUCGUGGCGGCAUGACCCACCUAAAUUUCAACGGGUCAGCCCUCAAUCCGCUUGGUGAUGUAGCUUGCGUGGAUGGAGCAGUCUCGGCGCCCCUCGGUGCCUUGCCGCCUCCGAAAAUGAGCCGGUUCUCCCUUGACUUGCUGAACAAUGGCAAUAUCAACCCGUUGCCGCAGCACCACCCAAGCUCACGUUCGACCACAACCACAACCACAACCAUGGGUUCCGCGCAAGGGCCCACCCUAGCUGCCAUGAUGACCACGGCCACAACCACUUCACCCUUAGCCUCGGGUGUGAGUGCCGGCACAGACGACGCAACGCGUCCGUUCAUUUCCUUGGCCAAGCUGCAAAAGCACCUGGCUCUGCAUUUUAAUCAACAACCCGAAGCCAUCCUGAACCUGCCCUUUGAACAACAAUUAAAUCUUGUCCAGCGGUGGUUGGUGGAGAUUGCCAAGUCUUCGCCCGAAUCCGUGUCUAGCACCAUGCUUCAAGAUCUUAGUCCUGGCUCACGAAGCACCGUGGUCGUGGAGCUCCGCCGUCAACACGAGGAGCAAAUCUUGGAGCAGUUGCGCGCUGCCCGAGCGCAACCUCACCUCUCCCAGCAAAUGCAACUCCAACUACAGCACCAACAGCUCCUCCUGCAGCACCAGCACCAGCUCAAUUUACAGCGCCAACAGCAACAGCAACAACACAGCCCGCAACAACAACAUCAACAACAACAUCAACAACAACAUCAACAACAACAACACUACGCGCAAUACCAAGUGCAGCAACACCAUCAUCAGAUCCAGUUGAACCAACAACUACAGCAUCCCUUGCCAGGGGACGAUGUCUUGCAACUCAAGGCGCAACAGGCCAUCAAAACCAGUUGGGCUCACUCCCAGGGUCCCCAGACGUCCCAACGUUCAAACCAACCGCAACAGCAGCAACAACAGCUGGGGCAUCAAAUGCUGUCCCGCGACGGGGCAUACGUCGCAGAUGAACCCCAUGCGCCGCUCUACACGCUCGGUUACAUGGGCAUGUCCUCAGACUUGAAAACGCCGUCUUCAAAUAUGGGUCCCACGCCCUCCAGCAACUCACAGGCGACCUCGCUGACCCACACGCACAUGCUUCACCACCGCGCCGUGAGCGUAUCAGACGCCGCCACCUCUUCCGCAGCCCCGACCGGCGCUCAUCCUAACACAGCCACCCCACCGCCCGGUGAAUUUCAGAUCAACCCUGCCUUGCUCCAUCAUUCCCACGUUGAUGCGCAGUCGGCUUUUCCAAAGCCCCCAGAAGACUUGGUGCGACCUGGCAUGCCGCGGCUCCCACCUACCCAGUUGAAUGGCGGCGGUGCAUUCCCUACCAUGGGGGAUGUAGCCCAUCUAGGCGAGCUAAGUGCCCCGAGCCCCAGUCUAGCCUCGCUCCACAAGACCAUGUUGGCAGCGCAUGGUGUUGGUACCGGCGUCAAUCCUUUGCUCAACCCUGGAUCAGCGGCGGACCACUCGUCGCUGCUGGCGUUUACCAUGGGCAUGGGCAUGGACUCGGAAAGCUUGGGUAGCUCCUCAUCACCGGCCUCUCAUGAUUGGGGUGUUGGCUCUUCAUCUCAGUACGAUUUGAAUGUGGUGGAAGAUCCCGUUCCCGAAGUGCCAUCAGACGAAGAAGACGAAGAGGCACGCCUGGCCGCUGAGGAAGGCCGAUCCUUAGACCCCAACGAGAAGCGGCGAGUUGCUAACCUGGCUCCGGCGCGCGCGGAGCGCGUGCGCGUCCUUGCGCGGAAUGCAGCACGACGUCGCAAGGCCUCGGAAAAGCAUCAAAUGGCUCUGCAAAAGUCGCGUCUAAUGGAGCUAGCAGCCGAGCAGAAAGCCUUGAUGAUUGAGAAGCAACGUUUGACAGAGCAGCGCAAUCUGCUUUUGAAUGUUGUUCGGCAGCGGGUCCCUCACGUGAUGCCACGUUGAUCACUGCCCCACUCGAGGGCUUGUUGAGUCCUUCGUCUUGGCUCUUGUCGUCGACGGCUUGCAACUGUGUUGCCGCCGCUGUGCUUUGCCCGGUGUUUCCCGCGUGAUCAGACGGUGCGUGACCGCCAUCUGUUUGCUUCAUGUGCCAAGAGCUUGGUCCCUAUCCGCUUGACUGCUCUAUGGCACGCCUAUAGCUGCUUUGUCUUUCCUUGCUUGAGUCUUCUCCUGCCUGUGUCGGCUCCCCGAGUGUCUCCGUGCCUCGUGUCUUGUGUGCGUUGCUCUUCCAGCACUGUUUUAGAGAUUAGUUGAAUCUUCUGGUAUAUUUGUUGUACAUGUUGUCAUCACCCGAUCCUGCCUGCGUAACGUUUCUCCACCCCGCGGUCAUGAGUGCUCGUUGUACUUUGAAACCGCGCCCAUUCUACGGCGUGAAUCCCUGACGCGAUUCCAUCAACCUCAUUCUAGUUGACCAAUUCAUCAGAGCAAU